GUGACUGGUAUUUGAUAGCGAAAUCAGGGAAACCCAGUAUCCUGGCCAGUGAAGAUCGAAAUAAAAUUUCUUAGUAUUUAAUUUUGGAGUGAAAUGAUAUAGGGCUUGAGGGAGCAGGCCGAUAUACCUAAAGCUCAGUAUACCGCCGAGUUAUGACUUCGCUAAAAAUUGUCGAAUCCUGGACGCCCUGGUAUGUCGACGAUGCUGCUGGACGAGCUGAAUCAAACUAUACCAGGACCUACUGGAUUCGACAAUCUUGAACGAAGUUAUAGCUCGGCGGUAUACUGUGCUCGUGGUAUAUCGGGGUGUACCCAGGCUCUAUCAGUCCUUGUCCCUAUAGGAAAACAGAACCUGUUCCUCUUCCUCUCUUUACAAAUUAAAAAUAAAUUUUAUUCUAAAAAUAGAUUUGUUGGAAGAAGGGUUAUUUGUUGUUCUGUUUGUGCUAUUUGGAUAAUUUCUACAGCUGUUGGAACGGCACAAAUAGCUUUUGGGGCUACUAAUGGAUUGGAGAUAUAUUCUGUUAUAUUUAAUGGAGACUAUUUUGGAGAGAUUAAUGAGACAGAUAAAUUUAGGUAG